AAACGUUCAUCACCAUUUUGUAAAAUGGUACAACGAGAGGCAGUAGUCAUAAGGAACGCCGUAAAGCGUUAUGGGAAAGAGUUGGUGUUCAAUGGCCUGAAUAUGACUGUUUCAAGAGGUUCCAUAUACGGAUUGUUGGGAUCUAGUGGAUGUGGCAAGACCACACUAUUGUCCUGCAUCGUCGGGAUUCGAUAUCUUGAUAGCGGAGAAGUAUGGGUCUUGGGAGGAAAUCCGGAUACCAAGGACUCUGGCAUCCCUGGACCUCGAGUAGGUUAUAUGCCGCAAGAGAUUUCCUUGGUUGGAGAGUUUUCCGUGAGCGGUGCCUUCUAUUAUUUCGGUAGAAUUAAUGGGCUCGACGAUGAGGAGAUCGAGACGAGACAGAGAUUCUUCUCGGAGUUGCUUCAACUACCCCCAGCAAAUCGCUUAGUGAAGAACAUAAGUGGAGGUCAACAAAGAAAAGUUUCUCUUGCUGUUGCAUUAAUUCACAAACCCAAACUUCUAAUUCUCGACGAACCCACUGUGGGCUUGGAUCCAAUUUUGAGGGAGAAAAUUUGGGCCUACAUGAUCCAAAUCACGCAGGAGGAAAAUAUCACAGUGCUGAUCACAACACACUACAUUGAAGAAACUAAAGAUGCUAAUAAAAUUGGUUUGAUUAGAUGUGGUAAAUUGUUAGCGGAAUCAGCACCACAGGAAUUGCUGGAGCAAUUUCAAAGCUCGUCUUUGGAAGAAACUUUUCUGAAACUAUGUAAUGUCCAAAAUAACACAAUCACUUUAAAUGAAGUUCAAGAAGGGGAAGACACCAGUAAUAUCUUGUAUAAAGAUCAAAAUCAAUGUGAAUUAACAAAAGUAAUGUCAGAGUACGAAGCGGUUUCGGUACGUCAAGUUUCGCGAUUGAGAAGAUUCAAAGCUCUAUUAGUAAAGAAUAGCAUCCAAUUUUUGCGUUAUUAUGCAGGAGUAAUUUUCGCAGUAGUAUUUCCAAUACUUCAAAUUGGCACAUUUAUUAUAGCAAUUGGUAAUAAUCCGAAAAAUUUGAAGAUUGGCGUCGUCAACGAUGAAGUCAAUAACUGCAGUUCGGAUAGCAACUUUGGCAAUGUUUGGAAUGACGAAAUCACUUGUCAUUUUGACAACCUCAGUUGUAGAUUUUUACAUAAUUUUGAUAGUUCUAUCGCGAUACAGGAGUAUUAUGACGACUUUUCCGAAGCGAAACAGGCUGUACAAAAUGCGAAGCUCAGUGGUUUGAUAUAUUUUAGUCAUAACUUCUCCAAAGCUUUGCUUGAUCGAGUGGAAGAAGCCGCUUCCGCGAAAGAUUCCGAUUUACUCGCCAGUCAAAUUCAAAUUUUCCUCGAUAUGGGCGAUAUGCAAAUUGGACUUUAUAUACAGAAGAAAUUAUUCAAUCGUUUCUUAGAUGCUUAUGAAGAUAUCAUGAGAGACUGCAAAUAUUCGCCAAAAUUGGCCAAUCUACCUAUCCGAUUUGAAGAACCUAUUUAUGGUACGACCGACUUCAAGUAUACAGAUUACAUGAUACCAACUUACAUACUACUUAGCUUCUUCUUAGCCGCUACAGUUUCUAUCACUUUAAUAAUUACAGAUCGAAUGGAGGGUGUCUGGGAUCGAAGUGUAGUUCAAGGGAUCAGAACAGAAGAAAUUCUGCUGUCUCACAUUCUUAUUCAGAGCGUCAUCAUUAUCAUCCAUACAAUUACGAUAAUGCUCUUAAUAUUUCCUAUAUGGGGCCUAGAAUGUAAAGGAUCGAUAUUUACUGUAAUGGUCUCCACAUUUUUCUCGGGUUUUUGCGGAUUAAUGUACGGUUUUAUUAUCUCUGUUACAUGCAAAAAUCUCAUUGUAGCGCAUUACAGUGCAGCCGGAAGUUUUUUCCUGUUAAUAUUCCUCAACGGAUCUAUGUGGCCAAUAGAGGGAAUGCCAAAAAUGCUUCGCUGGUUUAGCUACGCAUUGCCAACUACUUUGCCCUCUAUAUCAUUGAGAGAAAUCAUCUACAAGGGAUAUUCCAUAUCUAAGCCACAAAUUUAUAUUGGCUUAUUAAUAAGUAUAGGGUGGUCAUUAUUGUUUCUUAUUAUAUCUAUAUUCCGUGUAAAAUUGAAGUCGUUGUGA